GCGUGUAAAUCAACGUCAAAUCCACAAAAUUGUCCAUCAACAAAAAAAAGGCAGCCAAAGCUUGACAGUUUUCUUUUAGGCAGUGCUUUGGAGAAAAACAUCAAUUUGAUUAAUAAUCUAAUUAAAUGGCAGAAGAUUUAAGAAAUUAUAAGUUGCAGUUGCAACAGGUGGAGGCCGCUUUACUGACGGAUCCACAAAAUGAGGAGCUACUGAAGCUUAAAGCGGACUUAGAAGAAGUAAUUGAAUUGACCCAAGAUCUAAUAAAAACACAAGAUGGUGAAUCCAGAGCAUCUAAUGUUCAUAGUUCUAGUAAUGAUGAUGAUGUUACAGCGUCCCUGCUAGCAGCGGAGGAAGGCGACACGGGAGAUUCGUCACAAUAUACCAAAUGGCGCGUUGGAGAUAAAUGUCUUGCGAAAUGGAGAUCCGAUGGGGCAUUUUAUGAAGCUCUUAUUGAAGAAAUUGGUGAUGAUAAUUUAAAAGUGAAAUUUGAUGGUUAUACUACAUUAGAAACAGUUUCCAUUCAUGAUAUCAAACAUCUAAGCUUGAAGCGCCCUCUGAGUGGAGAUGAAAGCAAGCAUGGCAAAGGCUACAAUAGAGAAUAUUUGAAGAAGAAAAAGCAGAAGAAACAACAGAGAUUUAAACAAAUUGAAGAAGAAAGAGAAACUGAAAAGAACAAAUGGUUAAAUUUCCACUCCAAAGCAGCAAAGAAGCCUGGUGUCCGUAACAAAAGUAUAUUUGCUUCACCCGAUAAUUUGGCUGGGAGAGUAGGCAUUGGCACUUGUGGUAUCUCUGGUAGGCCUAUGACUGAGUAUACUCCAGGAGAAAAGUGGAAGAAGGGAGGAUAAUAUUAACAUUGAACUCAAGACUAUUUUCUAGAUUUUAUUUUAUGAAAAUAAGGAAAUGGAAAAUGUGACCAUACUAGCAAAUUUUAUUUAAACAUAAUUAUAGCA